AAAUAGGAAUACAAAAUUUCAAAAUUUCAAGAAUGUUCAUGACUCAUUUGUUAAUAUCCGGAUAUACAAGUUUCCUGCUUCGAUAGUGUGCUAACCAUAAAAUAUGGAAAAAAGUUUAAGAUUUGCAAAAUUUACUUAUAGAUCUUUAUAUCCUUUCGCUUGUUCGGAAAUACGUUCAGGCUCUACAGCAGUUCCGAAAGUGGAUACACAUGGAAGUGAAGCUUUUGCAGCCAUUCCUCCUGAAACGGCAUCACUUGAAAACAAUGAAAAAGGCAAUACAAAAUCGUCUAAUUCAUCUAGAAAUAAUAAUACCUGGAUAUUUAGCCAGGAUAAUGCACAGCGUCUUCAAGGAUUUGAAAGAGUAAAACAAUGGUAUCGAAAUCAUUAUAAAAGAGUUGAAACAGAGCCAUCUUCGAAUUAUCCAAGCUUAAAUGAAGUAAUUCAAGACAAAAAAGUCUUGAAACAUAGAGCCGAAAUAUCUUCAAAAUCAAAAUAUGCUAUUAAUUGCUCUGCAAUCAUCGAGAAAGAAAAGCAAUUACUACGAGAUACACUUCUUAGAAACUCAAGAAACGACACUAUAACAUCCUCAAAAACCAACGCAUCUAAGGAACAACGACAAAACAUUAAUAAAGAUAAUAAAUUUAUACCCCAAUCUAAACCUGUCUUGCGAGUCCUGCCCAUAGAAGUAACUAGACCAUUAGCAUAUGAAACAAAAGAAGAAAUUGCCAAAAAUCCAAAACCAGAACUUAGUAAAGCCGUGAAACAAGAACCCACAACAGAUAAAAACAUAUUAAGUGGAAUCAGUAAUUUAAAUAAAAAUUCUGUCGAAAUGGUGACAAUUCAAGCAAUUGAUGAAGUAAAUACUAUCCCAUCAUGGUUAGCACACUACGAACUGUACGAAUUUUAUAACAAAUUUGAUCGAUUAAAAGAAUCAGAGCGAGCGGAUAAUAAAUAUUUGAAAAAGAAUAAACCGCGUAAAGCAUUACCUAAAAUUUUUGCAGUUAUCCGCCCUAGACCUCCUUUCCGUGGAUAUUAAACAUAAAUCUUAAAAAAAAAAAUCAAAAAAUUUCAAAAAUUGUGAAAUACUAAGUUUAUGGUUGCAUCGAACCUCUUUAAAGUCAUAAUAUUAAAAAAAUUUAAAAAAAAACAACUAAAUAACUGGAAAGGGGAAAAAGUGUUCAAAAGUUCUAGAAUUU